AGCAACGCAAAAACACGGAUAAUAGAACAACUGCAGAGCAUCGUUGGUCUGUUCCGCACAGAGAAAACCCUUCCCGCCGAUCCAGCAACCUCCCCCGAAUCCCGCGUCCCUCUGAGCGCCUGGUUUCUGCUGCUGCACCCGCUCCGCCGCUUCAGUCUUGCUCCUUCGCGGUCGGAGGCACCUGGAGCCAGCAACCCUUACACGUCCCGAAAACACCCCCGCACGUCAUACACUUGCUUCUAAUCAGCAAAAGCAACACAUUGCAGAGGAGUUGUUUGUUGGUUAAAGAGGGAGCGGCCCGUGCAGAUCCUCAGAGCUUCGCAAACGUUUAAGUCGCUCUCAGCCCCACUAUUAGCUUCUCCAACCACCCUCCGAGAACCAACACCACACAAAUCAAGACAAUGGCAGAUUUGGACUAUAGCAGACGGAACAAGGUUCCCAGACCCCUCUCCGAAUCGGAGAAGGCACGUUUGGAAGAGUUCAUUGAUUCGAUCCAUUAUUCCGCCAGGUACUCUGACGAUGAAUUCGAAUACCGACAUGUCCAGCUUCCCAAGAAUAUGCUGAAGGCCAUCCCGAAAGAAUACCAUGACCCAUCGAAGGGCACGCUGAAGUUGCUGUGGGAAGAAGAAUGGAGAGCGCUGGGCAUUACUCAAAGUCUUGGAUGGGAGCAUUAUGAAGUGCAUGAGCCAGAGCCACAUAUACUCCUCUUCAAGAGACCUAUCAACUAUGUCCCCCCGGGCCAAUAG